GCACAUGAAAGCAAAAACAAGCAUGGACUACUCCACGAAAUGGAGUAAUUUACCCACUGCUCCAAGUUUAAAAAACUUGACAGAACCGGGGUUUGGUGUCCCAAAUGAACAACAGCAUGCUGCGGUGCAGGACCUUGUGAAAGCACACAUCGAGUCGUUUGAUCAUGCUGUCACCGAUGGGCUGUACCGAGCUGUGCGGGCCGUCCCACCUGUGGAAUUCACCUACAAGAAUGACCGGGUGUCUCUGGCUUUCGUCGAAGCCUCCAUUCAGAAUCCCGUGGCCAGCAAGGGAAGCAUCUGUAAAGAUGUGCGGAUCUACCCGGCUGAGUGUAGGGGCAGACGCUGCACCUACCGAGGAAAGCUUGUGGCGGAUAUCAGCUGGUCGGUAAACGGAGUACCAAAAGGCAUCAUUAAACACAGUCUUGGCCAGAUACCCAUUAUGGUCAAAUCCAAACUGUGUAACCUGCACAGCCUUUCUCCAAAACAACUCAUCGAGCACCACGAAGAAGCAGAGGAGAUGGGUGGCUAUUUCGUAGUCAACGGCAACGAGAAGGUGAUCCGUAUGCUGAUUAUGCCCAGGAGGAAUUAUCCCAUAGCCAUGGCCCGCCCCAAGUGGAAGCAAAGAGGACAGGGGUACACACAGUAUGGUAUUUCUAUGCACUGUGUGAAAGAGGAGCACACAGCCAUCAACAUGAACUUGCAUUACCUGGACAAUGGCACAGUGAUGCUGAACUUUAUCUUCCAGAAGGAGCUCUUCUUCAUUCCUCUAGGCUUUGCAUUGAAGGCCCUGGUGGACUUCUCAGACUUCCAGAUCUACCAGGAGCUGAUCAAGGGCAUGGAGGAGAACUCCUUCUACAAGAGCUGCGCCUCGCAGAUGCUGCGCCUGGUGAUGGAGCAGGGCUGCACCACCCGCGAGAAGGUGCUGCGCUACCUGGGAGAGCGCUUCCGCGUCAAGAUGAACAUGCCCGAGUGGUACACGCACGAGCAGUGCGCCCGCUUCUUGCUUGACGAGUGUCUGUGCAUCCACCUGAACACGGACGUCGAGAAGUUCUACCAGCUGUGCCUGAUGACCCGGAAGCUGUUUGUGUUUGCCAAAGAGGGCUGCAUGGAGGAGAACCCCGACAGCCUGAUGUGUCAGGAGGUCCUCACUCCCGGACAACUCAUGCUCAUGUUCAUCAAGGAGAGGCUGUCGGCUUGGCUGGUGUCUCUGAAGUACGCCCAGGCCAAGAGGCAGCAGUCGUUGCCGAUGGAGCUGACCACCGAGGCCAUGCUGAAGAUAUUCCACAUGGGCACCGAUCUCACCAAGUCCUUCGAGUACCUCCUGGCCACCGGCAACCUGGUCUCCAAGACAGGUCUGGGAAUGCUGCAGAACACAGGCCUGUGCGUGGUGGCGGACAAGCUGAACUUUGUCCGUUACCUGUCGCACUUUCGCUGCGUCCACAGAGGUGCCGCUUUUGCUAAGAUGCGUACGACGGCGGUGCGUCGGCUGCUGCCGGAGUCCUGGGGCUUCCUGUGCCCGGUGCACACGCCAGACGGGGAGCCCUGCGGCCUGAUGAACCACAUGACGGCACACUGCGAGAUCGUGGCCACCACCAUGUCCACCACCACCCUGCCCGCCCUGCUCUGCUCACUCGGGGUGACUCCCGUGGACAUGACUCCCAGCCUGCCGUAUGAGGAGUGCUACCCAGUGGUGCUGGACGGGGCUCUGGUGGGCUGGGUGGAGAGGGAGCUGGCUCCAGCUCUGGCAGAGUCCCUCCGGAGGUUUAAGGUGUUGAAGGAGAAGAGGGUUCCCCCCUGGACGGAGAUCGUGCUGGUUCCCUACACGGGCAAGGCCAGCCUCUACCCUGCCCUCUACCUCUUCACCACCCCCUGCCGCAUGGUGCGGCCCGUACGCAACCUGGCCCUGGGACAACAGGAGCUCAUCGGCACCUUCGAACAGCUCUUCAUCAACGUGGGCAUAUUUGGAGACGAGGUGGAGGAGGGCGUCACCAGCCACCAGGAGCUGUUUCCCCACAGCAUGCUGAGCGUGGUGGCCAACUUCAUCCCCUACUCUGACCACAACCAGAGCCCCAGGAACAUGUACCAGUGUCAGAUGGGUAAGCAGACCAUGGGCUUCCCCCUGCACUCCUUCAAAGAGCGCUCCGACAACAAGCUGUACCGCCUGCAGACGCCCCAGAGCCCGCUGGUGCGGCCCGUCAUGUACGACCACUACAACAUGGACAACUACCCCAUCGGCACCAACGCCAUCGUAGCCGUCAUCUCCUACACGGGCUACGACAUGGAGGACGCCAUGAUCGUGAACAAGUCGUCGUGGGAGCGAGGCUUUGCCCACGGCACGGUGUACAAGACUGAGCUGAUCGACCUGGCAGAGAAGGUGAAGGGUGAGGAGGGGGUGGUGUUUGGGAUACAGCCCGGGGACCCCAAGGUGGAGGGCCGCCUGGACGCAGAUGGCCUGCCUGCCAUUGGCACCACGCUGCACUAUGGAGACCCCUACUACAGCUACGUCAACCUCAACACCGGCAAAGGCUUUGUCACCUUCUACAAGAGCCAGGAGAGCUGUGUGGUGGACAACAUCAAGGUGUGCAGCAACGACACCGGCACGGGCCGCUUCCGCCGAGUCUGCGUGACGAUGCGCGUGCCCCGCAACCCCACCAUCGGCGACAAGUUUGCCAGCCGGCACGGCCAGAAGGGCAUCCUGAGCCGCCUGUGGCCCGCCGAGGACAUGCCCUUCAGCGAGAGCGGCAUGACGCCCGACAUCCUCUUCAACCCGCACGGCUUCCCCUCGCGCAUGACCAUCGGCAUGCUGAUCGAGAGCAUGGCGGGCAAGUCGGGGGCGCUGCACGGCACCUGCCACGACGCCACGCCCUUCAGCUUCUCCGAGGAGCACCAGGCGCUGGGCUACUUCGGCCAGUCGCUGCGGCAGGCCGGCUACAACUACUACGGCACCGAGCGCCUCUACAGCGGCAUCAGCGGCCUGGAGCUGGAGGCAGACAUCUUUGUGGGCGUGGUCUACUACCAGCGCCUGCGUCACAUGGUGUCGGACAAGUUCCAGGUGCGCACGACCGGAGCGCGGGACAAAGUGACCAACCAGCCGCUGGGUGGGAGGAACGUGCAGGGCGGCAUCCGCUUCGGGGAGAUGGAGCGCGACGCGCUGCUGGCCCACGGCUCGUCCUUCCUGCUGCACGACCGGCUGUUCAACUGCUCGGACCGCUCGGCGGCGCAGGUGUGCAUGGACUGCGGCUGCCUACUGUCGCCGCUGCUGGAGAAGCCGCCGCCGGCCUGGUCGGCCACGAGGGCGCGCCGCACCAUCUGCACGCUGUGCGGCAAGAGCGACGCCAUCGACACGGUGUCCGUGCCCUACGUGUUCCGCUACUUUGUGGCCGAGCUGGCCGCCAUGAACAUUAAGAUCAAGCUGGACGUUAAGUGAGGUGCCCUAGUGCGGCGGUGCGUUUCCACCAACACUGUGGGUGCAUGCCAAUGUGCGGACUCCCGUCCACCACCAGUGCUUGUGGCCUCGCCCCGCCUCCGUGGAGAAAAUAAAGUUUCCCCGCAGUCAGCGUAGGCACAACAACUUUUGGGGGACUGUUCUUCAUUUACCAUCCAGAUUGCAAAUGACAAAAUGACAUAGAAUUGUGCCUUUGCAAGAUAUUGAAUUAAUUUUCUGUCGUCAUCACGAAGUCACAGGCAGGCAAGGGACGGGAGUCUGCAUAUUGGAAUGCACCUGAUAGUUAGCAAUGGCGGGCCAUGGGCUUGAGAAUGAAGCUGGAUGUGAAGUGGAGCGAAGUGAAGAGAAGAAAUCCAGUGCAUUGGUGUCGAGGAUGCUACUAAUGUUGGACUAGGAGGGAAGGUUGGUCAGGCUUGCAUUUUCCCACACCAUAGUUGGCAAAGGGCCAUGGACAUUAAAAUCUGAUCAGAGAAAGGGGGGAUGAAUGUUGAUCAGGGCUGUGUUUCCCAAAGUCCAAUGGGAAUCCAACCAAUUAGAUAACAUGUUAAGCAAAAGUGUUUUUGGGAAACAGCUCCCAUAGGGAGUCAGGGGCCCCAUAAAUGGCUGUGAUAUCGUUGGUUUGGGAGCCCAUCAUUUCUGGCAGCUCU